AUGACCUUGAGUUCCGUCGGUCAUUGCACAUUGCACAUUGAAGCCAUGCUCGCGAAUUAUGCGGUCCGAACUGUGAUGGUACAACAUGCCUGUGUACUCUUCAUACUGGUUUCAAUAGUUAUGAACACUGAUGCUUUAAGAGAGACAUUUUGUUCCGAUCUGGUCCCAUCUGUAUUCACAUUGGAGAGUGUUGAAACGUGGAUUCCAUUUUUUGGGACAGAGUUCAACACAAUGGAGAAUAUUAUGGCCUAUGCUCAGUCGAGCAAUUUGCUCGAAAUGGUCGGACAUCCGUGUAUGAAUGAGUGCAGUGCGACAGAACGAUGUCGUCAGGAGUUGCGACGUUUGUGGAUCGAUACUCUGUUUAUGAGUUCAAAAGAUUCCUCGGAUUUUGCUUCCGACGUGCAACGGGUUCGGAGUUCGUAUGUACACUACCAGUCGGUCAAGAAAACACCGGCCAAUUUCAAAUUACGGGAAAUGUUUCAUCUAAGUUGUAUCACCAUGUGUCACAUUAUGCAUCAUGUGUUAAAUAAAGAAAAGGUGUAUAAUUGUAUGUGUCCGAACCCGUGUAAUACACAACAAGCGUGCAGUCCACAAAAUUGUACACAAUUGGGCAUUUUUGAGCAUCAGUUCUCGUGCAGUUGCGGGGACGAUAUGGUCUGGGAUGAUGAGGUGUACAAUUGUAUUCCCAAAUCAUUGCACCUGUUGCGUAAAAGUCCACCAGAGGUGAGUCUGUUGUACUUUUGUCUUUGA